CUUCUGAACCAAGAGGAAGUGCGGAGAAAUAAAACAACAUUAGGCCGAAGCAGGAGAAACUACGUUUGGGUGCGUUUAGACUCACUUGCUCAUUGAUGUGAACGUUAAGUGCUCCUCUGAGCUCAGCUACUUCAGAUACAACAUUAAAAUCAUCGGCGUUGAUUUCGACAUAGGUUGUUAUAAUUGAGGUCGGAAGAGGGGAAAAGGUAGAAUAUGUAACUUAGGAGUCAUUUCUCUCUUCCUGCUCUCCUCCACUUGCCCCCCGAGCGAGGAGAAACAGAAACUAACCCACAGACCGAUCGAUCUGAGAGCGGAUCCGACGGUUUGCUCCGAACGUCGAUGGCGGACAGCGCAGGGGAGGAGGCCGGCGGCUCCGGGGGCACGGCGCAGCUCCACGGGACGCAGGUAUCCUCGAGUUUGGGUAAUUCUGUCCCGGGGCACUCAUCGGCCUCUCCAGAGCCCGGCCUGGCCGUGGUAGCCCCCGUGAUCGCGCACACCAUCAGUCCGGCCGUGGAGAGCGGGCUCGGUGUGUUGACCCACGCGGUGCCCCUGAUGUCCGUUCCUCCGUCCGUGCAGCCCGGUCUCGGAUCCGGUGUCCCGGCCGGAGCGGGCCUCCUGUCCCAAAUACACGCCACCUCCUGGGAUCCCACCUUAAGCACCGACUGGGACAACGAGAAGGCGUCUCAGCAGUGCAUUCUUCGGAUAAAAAGAGACAUUAUGUCAAUAUAUAAAGAACCUCCUCCGGGUAUGUUUGUGGUUCCCGACCCUCAUGACAUGACCAAGAUUCACGCCCUCAUCACCGGCCCCUUCGACACACCCUACGAGGGAGGCUUCUUCCUCUUCCUGUUCCGCUGCCCCCCUGACUAUCCCAUCCACCCUCCACGUGUCAAACUGAUCACGACCGGCCACAACACGGUCCGUUUCAACCCCAACUUCUACCGCAACGGCAAAGUUUGCCUCAGCAUCCUUGGCACUUGGACUGGUCCAGCGUGGAGUCCUGCCCAGAGCAUCUCCUCUGUCCUCAUCUCCAUACAGUCCCUAAUGACAGAGAACCCUUACCAUAAUGAGCCAGGCUUUGAGCAGGAAAGGCAUCCAGGUGACAGCAAAAACUAUAACGAGUGUAUCCGCCACGAGACCAUGCGAGUCGCAGUGUGUGAUAUGCUAGAGGGCAAGGUGUCGUGUCCUGAGGCCUUGUGGAGCGUGAUGGAGAAAUCCUUCCUGGAGUACUAUGAUUUCUAUGAGGGGGUCUGCAAAGAACGUCUGCAUCUCCAAGGGCAGAACAUGCAGGAUCCUUUCGGUGAGAAGAGAGGUCGUUUUGACUACCAGGGUCUGUUGACCCGUCUCCGAGCCAUCCAGAGGCGAUUACGGGAAAAGUGCCCGCCCGAGGACAACAACGGCGACUCGGACUCGGACACCAGCUCUUCUGGCACCGAUCCGGACAGUCAGGGCAGCUCACAGCCUUAGCGUGCCCUCUAGGGGUGCGAAGCCAGCGAGGUUAGAUGGUUUCCCUUUACCUGCAGCUCCGGACUCCUCUCAAGUGAGCACAGAUGUAAGGAGAGCUGAAAACCUGGAGAUUCUACUGACGGAGGGCAGACAGAGUUUUGGUUAAUAGUUUUCCUCUCACUCCUUGUGUGCUGGCCAGUGAUUGCCUUUUGUUUUGCUGUUUUGCUUUGUUUUUCCCAAAUGGAGAAGAGGUUCAGUCAAUAGAGGAAUGAGGUGUGUAUAUGUAUGCGUGCGUAUGUACAUUUGUAAGUGAUAAAGAUGUAUACGCCGGUCAUCACAUCCUCCACCUUUGACUCCAUGUUUCUCUUUCCCUUCCUGCAUCCCGUGUAGCGCUUACUGAAAAAAAGAAAAGGCAUACCUAGUCAAAUAAUUAAAGAUUAUAAUAAAAACACUCUUAAAAACAAACCGGUUUACUUAUAAAUUCACACAUUUUGCACGUAGUUUUCGAAAGCAUUUUUAUUUCGCUCGUGAAAUCCUUUAAAAAUGAAUAAGAUCACACAUUUAGAUGCAAAUUCAGAAUUAAUUGAAUACCACACUUUAAGAGCAAGACAAACGGAUGCAACUUUAAAAAACAAAAUGUGUAUAUAUAAUUGUUCAUAGAGACGUUUUAUCAGCCGCCUGCCAAGCGUUCUAGGAACGGUUGGCUUUUGAGUGUCGUCGACUUGUUUGGUGAACUUCAGUCUGUCUCUAAUUGUGAAGCUGUUGAGUGUCAGGUGACACAUCUGCUCUGUUAUUGUUCUGGGAAUAUCCUCGAAUUUUCAGCAAGACGGAAACGUACCUUUACUCCCUUUUCUUUGUUAUUUCACUCAGACAGCGAUUCCAGUCCAGCCUCCACUCGUGGUGUCCCUCGACAAUGCUACAAAUGUUGUUCUCUUUACCGGGAUACUGUGGUCACUGGUGUCCUCAUAUGCAAUGGGACGAAGCUGCGUAAUGCCGUCUGAGAUGAUAGUGGGAUGAUAUUCAACUGUUACUUGACACAGAGGUUCAUGAGUAACUGUGCUCCUAAAUAUUUUGCAAAAAUCUAUUGCAAAUCCAUCCCUUUAAAUAGCAGGCAUAUAGUUUCAAAUAGCAGGCAUGCUAAACACAACCAAACCGGCAGCCUUUAGUAUUUUGUAUACAUGUACAAUUAUAAUGCAUUUUAUUCAUGAACAAGCAGAUUGCAUAUAGUCUUCACAAAACAACUGCUUUUACUUUCUCUGAUGGGCCCAAGUACAGUUCUGAGGUUUUUUGCAUGUGCUAGCAUUUUGGUGCAGUUGAUUUCUCUUAAAUGAGAGAGAAUAUAUUCUGGUCUAGAACAUCAUAUUUCCGUAAGACAACACUGUUAGGUGGCUUGAUUGUUUGUUUUAAAUGAACAAUUUGACUCUUAAUAAAGUCUCUGUUUCUCUUCUAGAAUGCCUUGCAACAGGAAACAGUUCCCUGACUAUAAGUUUGACUUUGUGAUGUACUAAUGUUAGUGAAAUGAGAAUGAAUUAUGUAAAUAAUUAAUGUAUGGAUCAGUUGCAACUGUAAGGAGAAAGUAUAUAUAAAUCUGGUUCUGAUUA